GGCCCUAAGGGGGUUGCCCCGGCCGGGCGCGGCGCCUGCAGCCGCGGGGGCUCCUCCGUGGCGCGCGCCGCAGAGCCGAGCAUCCCCGGGCUGGCACAUUCUCUCCGGGCGGCGGCGCCCCACUUGGCCGCUGCCGAGCGCGCAGAGCCGGCGGAGGAGCGGGCGAGGAACAUGGCGACAGGCGCCGGCGGGAAGCCCGGCUCUGCCCCGGCCGCCCUUCGGCCGGUGCUGCUGCUGCUGCUGCUGCUCGCGGGGCCCCUCCGGCCGGCCCCCCCCGCCGCCGCCUCCCCCUCUCCUCGGCGGAGCCUGCGGUUGCAGGGCGCCCUGACCCCGCGGCCCCAGGAUCGGGGCUUCGCGCUGCUGCAGGCUCCGGAUCCCCCCGGCCCCGGACAGCCCCCGCGGCGGAGAAGGAGCGCCCAGCCGUCCCCGCCGCCCCCGCCGCCGCCGGAGGAGCCGGUGAAGGUGUACGGCCAGGUUAGCUUGAACGAUUCACACAAUCAAAUGGUGGUUCACUGGGCUGGAGAGAAGAGCGAUGUGAUUGUAGCUUUGGCCCGGGAUAGCUUGGCAUUGCCAGGUCCCAAAUUUAGUGAUGUUUAUAUAUCCUAUGAUUAUGGGAAAACGUUUAAAAAGAUAUCCGAAAACUUUGGUUUUGGCCCAGGGAAUUCCAGCCAAGCUGUGAUUGCUCAGUUCUACCACAGUCCAGCCGACAACAAAAGGUAUAUUUUUGUCGAUGCGUUCUCCCAGUACCUCUGGCUCACCAUGGAUUUUUGUACCACCAUUCAAGGCUUCCCAAUUCCAUUUAAAGCCGCAGACCUCCUCCUGCACAGCCACCUCCCCAAUCUUGUCCUGGGAUACGACCGAUCCCAUCCCAACAAACAGCUAUGGAAAUCGGAUGAUUUUGGGCAAACCUGGAUUAUGAUUCAUGAACACGUGAAGACGUUUGCUUGGGGUGUGGAGCCGUAUGAUAAGCCAAACACAAUUUACAUUGAGCGGCAUGAACCUAAUUUGUCCUCCACAGUCCUCCGCAGCACGGAUUUCUUCCAGACGCGGGAAAAUAAAGAGAUUUUGCUGGAAGAGGUUGAGGACUUCCAGCUGAGGGACAAAUAUCUCUUUGCAACGAAAUCUGGGCCUCUGUCAGGGGAUCAGCUACAAACAUCUGUUCAGCUGUGGGUCUCCUUUAACCGGAAGCCAAUGCAGGUUGCACAGUUUGCAACAAGACACCCCAUUAAGGAAUAUUAUAUUGCUGACACUUCUGAAGACCAGGUGUUUGUGUGCGUCACUUAUAGUAACAACAGCACGAGCCUCUAUAUCUCCGAAGCUGAAGGUCUGCACUUUUCACUGACUUUGGAGAACAUCCUGUAUUACAGUCCUGGUGGAGCAGGGAGUGACACCUUAGUAAGAUACUUCGCAAGCGAGCCUUUUGCCGACUUCCACCGUGUUGAGGGCAUUCCAGGGGUCUAUAUCACCACUUUGAUCAACGGCUCGUUCAGCGACGAGAACAUGCGCUCGGUCAUCACCUUCGACAAAGGUGGGACUUGGGAAUUUCUCCAGCCUCCAGAGUAUACUCACUAUGGCGAAAAGAUAAAUUGUGAGCUUUCUUUGGGUUGUUCACUUCACCUGGCCCAAAGACUCAGCCAGCUCCUCAACUUCCAGUUACGCAGGAUGCCCAUCCUAUCCAAGGAAUCUGCUCCCGGACUGAUCAUUGCAACAGGUUCUGUGGGGAAGAACAUGGCAAGUAAAAUGAACGUCUACAUUUCCAGCAGUGCGGGCGUCAGGUGGCAGGAGGUCCUGUCUGGACCCCAUUAUUACUCCUGGGGAGACCACGGGGGCAUCCUCAUGGCCGUGACACAGGGGUCAGAAACAAACCAGCUGAAGUAUAGUACGAAUGAAGGGGAAACUUGGAAAACCUUCAAGUUCUCCGAAAAGCCAGUCUUUGUGUAUGGCCUGCUGACAGAACCGGGCGAGAAAAGCACCAUCUUCACCAUCUUUGGAUCUUACAAAGAAAACGGCCACAGUUGGCUGAUUUUGCAGAUCAACACCACGGACGUCCUCGGGGUUCCUUGCACAGAAAACGAUUAUAAGCUGUGGUCUCCCUCCGAUGAACGUGGGAACGAGUGUCUCCUGGGACACAAGACAGUCUUCAAAAGACGGACGCCUCAUGCCACGUGUUUCAACGGGGAAGAUUUUGAUCGACCGUUCCUGGUCUCCAAUUGGUCCUGCACUAGGGAAGAUUACGAGUGUGAUUUUGGCUUCAAGCUAAGUGAGGACCUAUCAUUAGAAGUUUGCAUUCCAGAUCCCGAGUUUGCUGGAAAACUUUUCUCUCCUCCUGCGCUGUGCCCGGUUGGGUCAACCUACAAGAAAACCCGAGGUUACCGCAAGAUAUCCGGCGACACGUGUUCUGGGGGUGACGUAGAGGCCCGGUUAGAAGGGGAAACGGUACCCUGUCCAUUAGCAGAGGAAAAUGAGUUCAUCUUGUAUGCAACAAGGUAUUCCAUUCAUCGGUACGAUCUCUCAUCUGGGCUGACCGAAGAUUUGCCUUUGACCGGGCUGCGUGGGGCGGUGGCCCUUGACUUUGAUUACAGCCACAACUGCCUCUACUGGGCUGAUGUAACUCUUGAAAUCAUCCAGCGUCUCUGUCUCAACGGAAGUUCUGGGCAGGAAGUGAUCAUCGGCACUGGCCUGGAGACAGUCGAAGCAUUGGUCUUCGAGCCCAUCAGUCAACUGCUUUACUGGGUGAACGCCGGCAUCCCCAAAAUCGAGGUGGCCAAUCCAGACGGGGACUUGCGUCUUACCAUUUUAAAUUCCUCGGUGCUUGAGCGACCCCGGGCCCUAACUCUGGUGUCCAAAGAAGGGCUGAUGUUCUGGACAGACUGGGGGGAUUCCCGGCCGGGUAUUUAUCGAAGCGAAAUGGAUGGCUCCUCUGCUUCUUGCAUCGUCUCCGAGGGAGUAAAGUGGCCAAAUGGGAUUUCGGCAGAUGACCGUUGGAUCUACUGGACCGAGGCCUACAUGGACAGGAUUGAGCGGGUCGAUUUCAAUGGCAGGCAGAGAUCAGUGAUCUUGGAUAGCCUUCCUCAUCCCUAUGCCAUUGCUGUGUUUAAGAAUGAUAUUUAUUGGAACGAUUGGUCGCAACUGAGCAUCUUCAGAGCCUCCAAACACAACGGAGCCAGAAUGGAGACCUUGGUUGACCAUCUCAACAGUGUGAUGGACAUGAAAAUCUUCUACCACGGAAAGAGUGCAGGGAAGAACGCAUGUGCGGACAAGCCAUGCAGCCUGCUGUGUUUGCCCAGGGCUAACAAUAACUACAGUUGUCGAUGCCCUGAUGGAGUCACCAGCCACGUGCUCCAAUCGGGGGAGAUGAGAUGUGAUUGUCCACCCAACUAUCACUUGAAGAAUGGCACCUGCGUAAAAGAAGAAAACACCUGUCUCUCCAACCAGUACAGAUGCUCAAAUGGGAAUUGCAUUAAUAACAUCUGGAAAUGUGACAAUGACAACGACUGUGGGGACAUGAGCGAUGAAAAAAACUGCCCAACCACUGUGUGUGAUCCUGACACCCAAUUCCGUUGCCACGAAUCAGGAACCUGUGUCCCCCUGUCCUAUAAGUGUGAUCUGGAGGAUGAUUGUGGAGACAGUAGCGACGAGAGCCACUGUGAAGCCCACCAGUGUCAGAACGAUGAAUUCAGCUGCAAUUCGGGGAUGUGUAUCCGUCUCUCGUGGAAAUGUGACGGUGACAAUGACUGUCGGGAUUGGUCGGAUGAAGCAAACUGCACGGCUGUUCAUCACACUUGUGAAGCCUCCAGUUUCCGCUGUCAAAAUGGGCACUGCAUCCCCCAAAGAUGGGCUUGUGACGGAGAUAUGGAUUGUCAAGAUGGAACGGACGAAGACCCCGUCAGUUGUGAGAAGAAAUGCAACGGUUUUCAGUGCUCAACGGGGGUGUGCAUCCCUUCUAGCAAGCGGUGCAAUGGGGCACGGGACUGUUCGGAUGGCUCAGAUGAACAACACUGUGAAUCCCUCUGUACACGCUACAUGGAUUUCAUGUGCAAGAACCGGCAACAGUGCCUGCUGCGCUCCAUGGUAUGUGACGGCACCGUGCAUUGCCGCGAUGGCUCGGAUGAAGAUCCCGCCUAUGCCGGGUGUUCCCAGGAUCCAGAGUUCCAUCGCACUUGUGACCAGUUCAGCUUCCAGUGUCAGAACGGCGUGUGUGUCAGCUUGGUGUGGAAAUGUGACGGCACCGAUGAUUGUGGAGAUUACUCGGACGAGGCAAACUGUGAAAACCCAACUGAAGCCCCCAGCUGUUCUCGGUACUUCCAGUUCCAGUGUGACAAUGGCCACUGCAUCCCCAACCGAUGGAAGUGUGAUCAAGAAAACGACUGUGGCGAUUGGUCGGAUGAGAAGUCGUGUGGGGGCUCUGCAGUCAUCGCCAUCACCACGGCAACUCCUGCCACGUGUGCCCCAAAUCACUUCCGGUGUAAUAGCGGGACGUGUAUCAUGAACAGCUGGGUUUGCGAUGGAUACCGAGAUUGUGCUGAUGGAUCCGAUGAGGAGGCCUGCCCCACUGCACCUGUCGGUGCCAGUUCCACGUCUGCCAGUGUCCAUGGACGUUGCAGCCGCUUUGAAUUUGAGUGCCAGCAGACCAAGAAGUGUGUCCCAAAUUGGAAACGCUGCGAUGGCUUGAAAGAUUGUCAAGACGGCACGGAUGAACUCAACUGCCCGACUCACAGCACCUUGUUAUGCCCUAGUGGAUUCAGAUGUGAAGAUGGGGAGGCCUGCAUCAUGAAGAUGGAACGAUGUGACGGUUUUCUGGAUUGUCCAGAUAGCAGCGAUGAAAAGAACUGUACUGAUGAUACUCUUGUCUAUAAGGUUCAGAACCUUCAGUGGACAGCUGACUUUUUAGGCAACAUCACUUUAUCCUGGGCUCAGCCGAAGAAGAUGCCUCUCUCUUCCUGUGUCUACAAUAUCUACUACAGGAUGGUGGGAGAAAGCAUGUGGAAAUCGGUGGAAACCCACAGUAGCAAAACCAACACCAUCUUGAAAGUACUGAAGCCAGAUUGCACCUAUCAAGUCAAGGUCCAGGUCCAGUGCCUGAGCAAAGUAUACAACACCAACGAUUUCAUAGUCUUACGGACCCCUGAAGGACUUCCAGAUCCCCCCUGCCAUCUUCAACUGCAGCUGAAGAAAGAAGCUGAAGGCAUUGUGGUUUGCCAAUGGGCCCCUCCCGCAAAUGCCCAUGGUCUAAUCAGAGAAUAUGUUGUGGAAUACAGCAGAGCUGGAUCAAAGGAGUGGUCUUCUGUGAGGGCUCCCACCAACUAUUCAGAAGUUGAGAUGUUGCAAGUCAACGCCUUAUACGUUUUCAGAGUUGCUGCAGUAACGAGCCGUGGCGUGGGCAACUGGAGCGAUUCCAAAUCCAUACGAACUAUAAAAGGCAAAGUGAUUCCUCCUCCAACGAUCCACAUCGAUAAUUACGAUGAAAACUCCAUAAGCUUCACCCUCAGACUAGACGCCAAUAUUCAGGUGAACGGUUACGUCGUGAAAAUUUUCUGGACUUUUGACACCCACCGACAAGAAAAAAGAUCAUUCUUUAUAGAUGGAGGGAAGUCGGCCCAAACAGUGAGGAACCUGACUGCUCAGACACCGUAUGAAAUUUCUGCCUGGGCUAAGACGGAACUGGGGGACAGCCCGCUCUCUUUCGCACACGUGGUGACCCGCGGCACAAGGCCCUUCCCCCCCAGCCUGAAGGCCAAAGCGGUCAACCAGACGGCCGUUGAAUGCAACUGGAGCGGGCCAAGGAAUGUGAUAUAUGGCAUAUUUUAUGCCACGUCUUUCCUGGAACUCUACCGGAAUCCUAGCAAUGCAACCACAGCUCUCCACAACAUGACUGUGAUUGUUAACAGAGAUGAGCAGUAUCUAUUCCUGGUGCGAGUUAUUUCUCCCUACCAAGGACCACCUUCAGAUUACAUUGUUGUGAAGAUGAUUCCUGACAAUCGCCUUCCCCCUCGGCACCUUCACGCUGUCCACCUAUCAAAAACAUUUGCCAUCAUUAAAUGGGAGUCACCUUACGAUUCCCCAGACCAAGAUAUGCUGUAUGCAGUAGCUGUGAAAGAUUUAAUAAGAAAGACAGAUCGGAGCUAUAAGGUGAAGACCCGAAACAGCACGGUGGAAUAUACUAUCAAAAAACUGGAUCCUGGUGGAAGAUACCACAUUGUUAUACAGCUAGGAAACAUGAGCAAGGAAGCUAAUUUGAAAAUCAACACAGUUUCCUUGGCUGCGCCUGACGCUUUAAAGAUUAUCCCAGAAAAUGACCACAUCUUGUUGUUUUGGAAGAGUUUAGCCUUAAAAGAAAGCCAAUUUAAUGAAAGCCGGGGAUAUGAGGUGCAUAUGUUUGACAGUGGGACCAAUACCACAUCGUACCUGGGGAAUACUACAGAGAACGUCUUCAAGGUUUCCCACCUGAAGGCCGGCCACAAUUACUCCUUCACGGUGCAAGCAAGAUGUCUCUAUGUUGGGCAGAUGUGUGGAGAGCCUGCAACUCUUCUCUUCAGUGAGAUGGGAAGAGAUAGAGAGGCCACUGCAUCCAUAUUGGGCAAAUCAAAGGAUGUUGCUGCCAUCGUGGUACCAGUCUUAUUUCUUCUACUAGUGAUGGUGGGCGUUGGGUUUGUGGUCCUGUACAUGAGGCAUCGAAGACUUCAAAAUAGCUUCACAGCCUUUGCCAACAGUCACUACAGCUCCCGACUAGGCUCUGCCGUUUUCUCCUCUGGAGAUGAUUUAGGAGAUGAAGACGACGAAGCCGCGAUGAUUACGGGUUUUUCAGACGACGUCCCCAUGGUAAUAGCAUGAAGAAGGCUUCUGAUUCCGGAAAGCAAAAACAAACAAACAUAAAGUGGUGUAAAUAUUUUAUUUGAUAAAGAAAAAAAAAAGUCAACUGUUUAUUUUAAAAAAAAAAACAAAACUAAAAAGCACUUUUGAGUUGCAAUACAUUAUUUUUGUAUCGGCUGCAAAAAAAAAAGAAAACUAAAAAGAAGUAACGAUUACACUUUGUAGCACACUGCUGUGAAAUUUCAAAUCAGGUUGAUUAGCGAGCGUUUUCUGUGGUUGGGGUUUCUUUCCUUCUUCUUCUUCUUUUCCAAACUUCACUUUAGUCUUAUGCCUCCUGGGCACACCUUUUGAUUCGGUGAGGUCUUUCCCAUUGGCAAUGACUUUGAUCCUCUGAGAACCUGUGAAUAGUUGGGAAUCUUGGGACAGUUUGGCUCUGAAGAAGUCAGAUGGAAACCAAAGGAUAGUAGCUUGUCCUUAAGAGAGUCCUUCUUUGCAAUGUGAGCUAAUGAAAUGGUAUUGCCAGGUUCUUCGUUGCCCUGUGUUCCACAGAUCACUGAGUAUGCUGGGCAUUGCAUGAGACAGAAAUAUUUCCAAUUUCAUUUGUUUUUUUCCUGGGUUAGACCCCUGCAGGCAUUUCCCCACCUUUUGAUAUGAAGUAAUGAGUCACACAAGAGACUGGACAUUGUUGAAUUGUUGUCCAUGGCAGCCAUAGGAUGCCAGCCCCUUAUUUCUAGUUUGACCUCUGCAAGUUGACUUAGAUAUUAUUCAGAGAUUUGUAGUAAUCUUGUGGGGAGAACACUGAUCUUCUUCUUCUAAUGAUUUGGAUUCUCACUUUUUGGAAGCAGACAUCUCUAGUUUUGGCUCACUUGAACACCAAGCGUAGGUAAGAUUCCUAAAGAAGUAAAAGGAGGAGAAAAGCACUCCGAAGAUGUGCUGAAACCUUGCUGCUACAAACCCCUGAGGUUUUCAGGGAUAUUGGCUUAAAAUCUAUACCCCAGAGUUAUGAAUUUACUUUAAAAUGACCUCGUUCUCUCAGGAUCAAUCUCAACCAUCUUCAGGUUUUCUUUCUCUGAGUGUUUAUUUUUCCUAAGCAAAAAAAAAAAAAAAAAGUUAUUUUAAAAAAAUGUUUAGGAAAUCUAUAAUUUUAUCUAUAUCUGUCUAUAAAGAGAGAAGGAAUAGUUCCUAAAGAUUUUACAUUGACUGAAAGAUAAAAAAAAUAUUUGUAUUAUGUUUUAUAGGAGGGGUGGGGUUUUGUUUCUGGGUUUUGUUUUUUUUAAUUUUUGGUCGGUUCAAUUAAUUUAUUAGGAAAUCUGCUUUUGAUCAGAGUUCCAAAUUCUCAGCCAUGCACAUGAUUGUUGGUUAGCAACACGACACUUUAAUCUAUUUUUGCAAAACGCUGGAUUGUUCUGUUUGUUUUCUGUCUCCUGUAGUUGCAUCAGGCAUGAUUGCCUCAGUAAAACACAAUCACAACCUUUUUUUGAAAAAAAAAAAUCUCUGAAUACUUUUUCAUGCUUUGUGAGAAAGUAAAAAGGUCAGGCGGGUAGAAUGAAAAUCUUACGAAGUUGUCACACUGAGGGCUUAAAUGCUUUCUGCAGAUUACUUUGCACGUGUUCGUAGAUGCAAAAACAAACAAAAGGUUCAACAAGU